CUGAACUGAAUAAGUUUCAUCACGACGACCUCUCCUAUCGACGCACAGGCGAACUAAAGAAACAUUGCAACCAGCAGCUCUCCUCGCCCCGUCUGGCAAGUAGCAAAUGGAUACCUAAGAAGAGAAGAUGGUCAAGAAGGGUAAAGAGAAGGCCACUGCGCCUCCUCCUGCCACAGCUGCAGCAUCUUCUUCCAAGAGCUCGAAAGGUGCUAAGAAGCCACCAAAGACGGCUGCGCCGGCCAGAGAGGAUGAUUUCAUAGUCUUCACCAACUCCACAAAGGAAAUAAAACCCAAGAAAGCAUCUGAUGCAGCCAAACCUGGGCCCUCCGAGCCGGCUACAGAUGGGCCACCGAAGCCAACGGCAAAACAGAUUGUGGGAGGCGCGAGCUGGACCGGCAAGUUGCCUAUGAACCUGCUUUCAGAGCACUGCCAAAGGCAAAAAUGGGAGAAGCCCAGCUACGAUAAUAUGAUGAAGAUUGAUGAUGGUUACUCCUGCUUCGUCACCCUGAGCGCCAAACAUCCCAAAACGCAUGAGAUGCAGAGACUUGCCCCCUUCAAGUUGCCUCCAUCUCACAAGCAUCUCGUUAGCAGACCCACUGCCCUGGAGGCACGGCAUGCCGCAGCUACCUAUGCACUGUUCCGGGUGUGCAGCAUGAAGAACAUUCACACAACCCUGCCUCCUGAUCACAGGACGCUGUGGAAGGAGUUUGAGGCACUGAAGAAAGAAGACGUCAAGCUAGGAAAUGGGUGGUUCUAUGAUGCCGAUCCAUUUGCUACGCUUCAGGAACGGGAGAAGUCCAAAGUCGCUGCUGAGAAGAGACGGAAGGAGCAAGAAGCCGUUAAGGAGAAGGCUAAGAAUAUGCCUGGCGCUUCUGGCUUAGUUCUACGAAGCAAUGCGGCCAGUUCCGGCGGCGGCGGCUCAGAUCCAAUGAAAGGCUGGAAGACGGUACCCAAGAUCGAGAUGGGGAAGAAGACUCGGUCACAGCUGGAAGAUCUGCUUCGGAGAGAGGUCAUCUGGAAUCCACAUGGCGUUAAGAUGACUGCACUUCAGAAAGACGCGAUUGGGAGAGAGUUUACGGGAUCGGGUUUCAGAAAAAGUCACGUUGAUGAGGCUCUUGAGGAAUGCAAGGAUCGAGAGGAGACCCUUGAAUGGCUCCUAAUCCACGUUCCCGAGGACGACCUUCCUAGAUGGGCGUUGCCAGAGAGCUACAGUGCUGGUGUGUCGGUUGCUGAUACAUCCGACCUAAAAAGGGAAGCGGCCAUAAAACGACUCUCACAGUCUGGCUACUCGGUCGAACUUUGCAGGAAAGUGUACAGCGAACAUGGCAACGAUGAAGGGCAAACUGCAGAAGCACUGCAACAGAUACUUCUGUCUAGCGGCAGCGACUCUGGCGAGCUAAGCUCUCCCGCGGAGGAGCCCUUCAUCCUUGACACACCCGAAGAGUGCUGGACCGAAGAAAUGGAAAGCCUGGAGUCUGUCUACAGCGAGCACUAUAAGCGAUUGUCGGACACGGUGUGCCAGAUCGGCAUACAGUCUGUCACCAACGGUGCGAAGAAGAACAUCGAAACCUUUGUGCAGUUCCGGAGAUCACCUCAUUACCCAGCAGAAGUCACCGUUUCCGUCAUAUCAGACCUUCCUUCGUAUAUCAAAUUGAGUAUUGUGAAGAGGACUCUUUCAUAUGUGCGAGAGUCUCUAGGAGGGGAACCGAUGAAAAUCUACUUCAUUGUUGACUGGGUUCAACAAAACAUCAACGGCAUAAUAGAACGUCCAGGAAAACUCCGGGAUAUCUCAGGCGUCGUCUCAACUGCUUCUGAAGUCCGUCACGCCGUGGCGAGAAGGCAUAAGAAUGUCAGGCAUCCUAAACCUCUCAUUAAGAAGCCUGACCAGAGAAGCAAAGAGGAGUGGCAAGCGAGGCAAGAGAGCCCCUCACUGAAACAUAUGAUAGCUCAACGACAAAAGUUGCCAGCUUGGCUAGUGAAAGAUUUGGUUGUGGAUACUGUCUGCGAAAACCAAGUCACCAUCAUCGCUGGUGAAACAGGAUCUGGCAAGUCGACUCAGUCUGUCCAGUUCAUCCUCGAUGAUCUCUACAGCCAGGGUUUGGGCAAUGCCACCAAUAUUAUAUGCACGCAGCCUCGUCGAAUUUCGGCACUUGGUUUGGCGGACCGUGUGAGCGAAGAGCGUUGCUCCCCGCUCGGGCAAGAAGUAGGAUACACCAUACGAGGAGAGAACAAGAGAAGCGACCAGACCAAAAUCACUUUCGUCACCACUGGUGUGUUGCUGAGGCGCUUGCAGACAUCCGGAGGCCGAACCGAAGACGUGGCAGCCUCUCUCGCAGAUGUCAGCCACGUGGUGAUUGACGAGGUCCACGAACGAAGUCUCGACACGGAUUUCCUUCUGAGUAUCAUUCGUGAUGUUCUUCGGAGGAGGAAGGACUUGAAAUUGGUCCUGAUGAGUGCCACGCUCGAUGCAGCGACUUUCAAGGAUUACUUUACUUCCGAGGGGCUGAAGGUCGGCCUGGUGGAGAUCGCCGGCCGGACAUAUCCGGUCGAAGACUUCUACCUCGACGAUAUUAUCCGAAUGACGGAUUUCACCAUCAGCAAUGAUCGAUUCCGAGACAGGUUCCGAGAUGAAGGUAUUGCUGAUGCUGGCAAGCCGGCACAAGACCCAGUCAACAAAACGAUCCAGAGGUUGGGGUCUCGCAUCAAUUACUCGUUGCUCUUGGAGACGACCAAAGCUAUUGACGUAGAACUCUACGAGACUAACAAGAAAGGCGGUAUUUUGAUCUUCCUCCCUGGAGUAGUCGAGAUCAACCGGACUGUCAAUGAGCUUCGGGCUGUAUCAUCGCUACACGUGCUUCCUCUUCACGCCUCAUUGGAUACCCGAGAGCAGCGAAGAGUGUUUGCUCCUGCCCCUGCAGGCAAGCGAAAGAUUGUGGUUGCCACAAACGUGGCCGAAACGUCAAUUACCAUCGAUGACAUCGUUGCGGUCAUUGAUACAGGAAGAGUGAAGGAGACCAGUUUCGACCCAGCCAAUAACAUGCGCAAACUCGAAGAGACAUGGGCUUCUCGCGCAGCAUGCAAACAGCGCCGUGGUCGUGCGGGCAGAGUGCAAGCCGGAAUCUGCUACAAGCUCUACACUCAGGGUAUGGAGCAACAGAUGGCGGAACGUCCAGAGCCUGAAAUUCGCCGUGUGCCCCUGGAGCAACUAUGCCUAUCUGUCAGAGCAAUGGGCACCAAGGACGUAGCCGGAUUCCUAGCCAGAACACCAACGCCUCCCGCAACUUCAGCUGUGGAGGGGGCCGUGAAACUCCUCCAAAGAAUGGGUGCUCUCGACGGCGACGAGUUAACAGCCCUAGGCGAGCAACUAGCUCUGAUCCCCGCUGAUCUCCGCUGCGGCAAACUCAUGGUCUAUGGUUCUAUCUUUGGCUGCCUCGACGAGAGCGUCAUCAUCGCUUCUAUCCUUAGCACCCGGAGUCCCUUCCUCAGCCCCCCCGACCGGCGCGACCAAGCGAAAGAAGCGCGCAUGAAUUACUCCCGCGGCGACGGCGAUCUGCUGACCGACCUCCGUGCCUUCCAACAAUGGAGUGCCAUGAUGGACGACCGGGUGCCGCAGCGCCAGGUGAGGCAGUACUGCGACAAUAACUUUUUGUCAUACAACACGCUUUCCGAUAUUGCCGCCACGCGGUCGCAGUACUAUACUUCCCUGAUGGAAAUCGGCAUCGUGUCCCGGUCCGCUGCUGGGGAAAGUAAGGGUCCGAACCAUAACACGUCCUUGCCCCUCGUUCGCGCCUUGACGGCAUCUGCUUUUGCGCCGCAGAUUGCGCGGAUUCAGUUCCCGGAUAAGAAGUUCGCGGCGUCGAUGGGGGGAGCGGUGGAGCUCGACCCAGAGGCGAAGUUGAUUAAAUACUUUACGCAGGAGAAUGGAAGGGUUUUCAUACACCCAAGUAGCACUUUGUUCGGCAGUCAGGGCUUCUCGGGAAAUGCGGCGUUUGUAUCAUACUUUACCAUGAUGGCCACGAGCAAGAUUUUUAUUCGGGAUCUUACACCGUUCAACGCGUUCACACUGCUGCUCUUCUCGGGUACUAUCGAACUCGACACCUUAGGCAGAGGAUUGGUCGUCGAUGGAUGGUUGAGGUUGCGCGGCUGGGCUCGCAUCGGUGUCCUGGUUUCCCGGCUCAGGGGUAUGGUAGACAACAUCAUUGCGCUGAAGGUUAAUAACCCGCAGAUGGACGUUCACGAGAGCGAGGUUAUAAAAUUGGUGGCUAAGCUUAUAGAGCUGGAUGGAUUGGAUGCAUAGACACACACGAGUUGGGAAAUUAGACUCCGUGGGGUUUCGCAAAGGAACAGUUUGGUAUUGCGGGACUCAGGCGCUAUAGGCUUGAUCUACUCUGUUGGAGAUCCCUGCCUAGUAUUCCGUCUGAUUUAUGUCUGAAGUCCUCAGAGCACCCAGUCCCACUAUAACAUCAGCGGAGAGAUUGAGUUUGGUCAUCCCUCCUUUUCGCCGAUUCCCUUGAACAUCUGCAAAGAUCGAUGAAAAUAUUCCCACAAUGUAGUUGCAUGCAUCUCACCCCUUUGACUUGCCGCCUGAGACUUUUCUCCGAUCCACACUAGUCUUUUUCUUGCCUCUACCGAUUUUCCGUGGUAUCUGUACGCAGCAGGCCGUCCACUUUCGCCUUGAGGUCUGCC